AUGUCACAGAAUGGCCGUAUCUUCUACAAAACAAAAUUACAGUCGCACAAAGAAAAACAAAUUAGAAGAGAAAUGGUUGGAUACCUCUCGUGUAAAAGGCAGCAGAGUAAAGCAAGAGAAAGCCAGCUCAAACAAAACGCUCUCAUAAUCAUCGGAGUUAUCAAUAGUUCAAGAAAUCCAAGUAUAGAGUCAGCGUGGAGCUUCUUGAGUGCAAUUCAGUCUGGCAUUUUACUGAGAAAUGAUGAUGAUAAUGAUGAGAAAUGUGAUCCAGACGAGUCAUCUAUAAUAUUGGCUUCGUUUUCUAGCAGGGAAAUUGUUAAAAACAAUGCAAGAAAGCGCACAUCGAAGUUUUUGCAAUGUACAUGCACCAAUGCAGUUGCUUCUAAUGGACAAGGACACAGAAAGAGGCCCUACACUUCAUCAGGAAGGCCACUGAGAACAAACUUUGGUAGUGUCAAAACAUUAAGCAAGUGGCAGCCACACCUAACCACCCGGAAGAGUGGACAUUUCUGCUUCAACACUCUAUUCUCCAGGAAAUAUGUAUAG